AUGAAUGUCGGGAACAAUGGUGAGAGUAAAGAAUGGGGCAGUGGACCUCGACGAAUUAUUGCUUCGAGUGUUGGGAGUAUCCUGACUUCCUUAGUAAUGACACCUCUGGACGUUAUUAAAAUUCGGAUUCAGUCCGCUUCAUUACCAGGGAAUUGUUCUUUGUACUGUAACUGUGUAAUGGAUUAUCUCUGCGCUUGUGACAAUGGUGUCAGUUUACCCCACAGCCGUACCAACAUCUGGUACGGACAACGAAGAAAUUUUAAGUCGUCAUGGGUUCGUGCCCAGGCGUGUUUUAAUCCUGAGGGCAUCCACUAUUGCAUUUUCCACUCCGGCUUGAGAAAACUGUGUUCUCCUGCUCUGAUAUGUAGUCCGAGAAGUAAUAUGUCUUCUGCAGAGGCUCUUUCAACUAUUGUUAGGACGGAAGGUAUACUAUCUCUUUGGAGCGGUUUAUCACCAGCACUGGUAAUGGCUCUCCCUCAGACCAUAGUUUAUUUCUCGAUGAACGAUUGGUUGAAGGACUACAUAAGUUUCAAGUAUACCUCACAUCGGUACCAAGAAACUAAUGCUGCCUUGUUUAUUGAUUUCAUUCCUCCUGUUGUUGGGGCGAUAUCCCGAAUUUUUUCGGUUUUCACAAUUUCUCCGUUAGAACUCAUGCGAACAAAACUCCAGUCAAAACCAAUGAGUUUCAAGUCGUUUACUGAAAUCGCCAAAUCUGCCGUUGCCCAGGAUGGUGUUCGAAGCCUAUGGACUGGAAUGGGCCCCACGCUUCUUCGCGAUGUGCCCUUUUCUGCCAUCUUCUGGUAUGUCUACGAUUUCAAUAAAAGUCGCUACCUCCGGACUCGCACUUGCAUUUCUUCGUAUACAAAUGUCUCUUCGGCCCACGACUUUCCUGUAUUUUUCUUGUUCGGAGCAAUGGCGGGCUUUACCGCUGGAUUUUUCACGCAUCCGUUCGAUGUCAUUAAAACACAUCGCCAGUUAGAGCUUGGAGAAUCAUUUUUCGCCAGUAAGUUAUUCAAGGCUAUUGCACUAUUAAUGUAA